AUGGCGAUGUGCAGACCCAAGUACUGUAUCGUUGGUGCGGGAGCAGGUGGCUUAGCAUGUGCCAGGCAUGCUGCGGAUACAGGAGCUGAGGUCGUGAUAUUUGAGCAGACAGAUCGCCUAGGCGGUACCUGGGUUUACACAGAUGAAAUCGGGCUGGACCGGAACAGGUUACCGAUACAUACCAGCAUGUACCGGGGACUUCGCUCCAACAUACCUAAGGAGACCAUGGGUUUUCCAGAUUCGAAUAUUGAAUCGAAGCUAUCCUAUGUCACUCAAGAAGAGGUACUCCAGUGGUUGGUAGGAUAUGCAGACAAACAUGAACUAAAUAAAAUAAUUAAACUGGAACAUCAAGUGAUUAGGGUUGUUCCUUUCCAAGACAACAAACAGUGGGUAGUAAAUGUGAAAAAUUUACGUGAUAACAUUUUUUUCACUUUAAAGUUUGAUUUCAUUAUGGUUUGUAAUGGUCAUUACUCUUCACCAUUCGUGCCUGAAUAUCCGGGGAAAAACGAAUUUGAAGGACUUAUUAUUCACAGUCACGAAUACCGUAGUGAAGAGCGAUUUACAGGACAUCAUGUAUUAUUGGUUGGAGCAGGAUAUAGUGCAUCAGACAUUGCUAUUGCGACUGUUAAAUAUGCAAAAAGUCUUGUGAUAAGUCAUCAUGAACCAGACAAAAUAAAAUUCAAUAUUUCGUCCUCAAUCAAAGUUAAGCCAAGUAUUUCGGAAAUAACGACGACUGGUGCUCGGUUUGUGGAUGGAACGGAAAUUAAUUGCACAGUGAUAAUAUUCUGUACCGGGUAUAAAUAUUCGUUUCCAUUCCUGAGCUCGGAAUGUGGAAUUCGCCUCGAAGAAAACCAUGUUCAGCCACUUUACAAACAUGUCAUCAACAUUGCUCAUCCUACAAUGGCUCUAAUUGGCAUCCCAUUUUCUGUCUGUCCCACUCAAAUGAUGGAUUUGCAGGCUCGUUUUUGUCUCAAAUUUUUCACUGGAAAUUUACUACUACCUGCUGAGGACGAAAUGCUUCGAGACAUGGAGGUUGAUGUUGAAGAGCGUCGAAACCGAGGUAUGCCAAAGAAAUUUAUGCAUAAACUAGAAGGUAACCUACAACCGAGAUAUUACGAAGAUUUGGCACAGACAGCGCAAAUCGAACCUCUGAAACCAAUAGUCAUGAAGCUGUACGAUGAGUGCAUGAGGCGCCGAGCAGAGGAUUUACUGCAUUAUCGAGAUGAUAGGUUCGAGGUAAUCGACGAUGAAAAUUUUAAUGUGUUGUAAAGGAUAAUAGGGGUUUAUGUAACUAAUUGUUUUUUUGUUCAUUAAAAAAAAUGAGAAACAACAAAAACGGAAGUUCUGGGAAAUCAAUUUGGUCCGAAUUUUUAAUAGAUUUAUAAAAACUUUUGUAUUUCAUAACAAAGCAGAUAACUGGAAUUAACACACAAUAUUAUUUUUUUACAAAUUUCGUUUUUAUUCAACAAU